AUGUCACAUAGACAUAAUUUAUCCAUUAAUUCUAUAACUUCACUUAUAGAACCAACAACCCCACCAACACAUCAAUCUCAACAGAUUACUCCUGCUACUUCAUCUGCAUCUGGUUCAUCCUCCUCAAAUUUCCAUAAUCGUAGUUUAUCUAAUGGGUUUACAAAAUCAACUUCUACUUCCAUAACUGGUAAAUCAAUGCUUUGGGAUUCUUCCACGAAAUUAAAUCAUAAUUUGAAUUUGCCUAACUUUGGUAUUAAUGAUAAAAAUGUAUUAUCUACUCCGUUAAUGAUCCCGUCAUUGGAUGCUGAUGAAUCAUCAUCCACUAUCAAUUGUCAAACCUCAUUAGGAAAAUUGUCAAUUCGCACGACCACCUCUCCUCCAAAUAUUAAUUUACAACCAAUUACCGGUUCUUCUUCUAAUGGUUCAACAAUUGACGCUGGGACAGCAAAUGAUGCUACGUUGAUGGUUGGUAAUGGUGCUGUGGCUAUGAAUUCAUAUAACAAUGCUGCUGCCGGCGGGGUGAAUAUUGGAAAUCAUGCUAAUAAUGCUAUUGCUAGUGGUAGUGGUCCAGGUACUAAGUUUACCUUUGGUAGUGAAGCGUACACAUCUGCAUCAAGUUCUGCUACUCCUUCUGGUAGUACUACUCCAUCCAUCAAUAUGUCACAAAAGAUUGAUAAGGAAUAUCUAGCAUCGAUCAAUAAACUUCCGCUUUCUCAAUUGAAACUGGAGAUUUUAAGAUUAAGUAAAGAUCAAUAUGGUUGUCGAUUCUUACAAAAGAAGAUUGAUGAGAAUUUGAUUUCAAAUUAUCAAGUGAGACAUUCGAAUUUUGAUAUUAUAUUUAAACAAAUUUAUCCAUAUAUGUAUGAAUUAAUUAUUGAUCCAUUUGGGAAUUAUUUGAUUCAAAAAUUGAUUGCUUAUUGUAAUGAAGCUAAUUUGAAUUUAUUGUUGGAAAUUUUACAAUUUAAUUUAUUUCAAAUCUCAAUUAAUCAACAUGGUACAAGAGCUUUACAAAAGAUUAUUGAUAAUUUAAAUAAUUCAUAUCAAUUAGGAUUAUUGAUUAAGGGGUUAAAACCUUAUAUUAUCGAGUUGAUUAAAGAUUUGAAUGGAAAUCAUGUUAUUCAAAAGAUUUUAAAUAAAUAUCAACCAGAAGAUUGUCAGUUUAUUUAUGAUUCUAUUAUUGAUGAAUUAUAUACGGUUGCGACUCAUAAACAUGGAUGUUGUGUUUUGCAAAAGUGUCUUAAUCAUGUUACUCCUAAACAAUUGGAUGAAUUUGCGGCUUCAAUUUUGAAGUUUGAAAAUUUCAAAAUGUUGAUUAAUGAUCAAUUUGGAAAUUAUGUUUUACAAUAUUUGAUUUCAAUUAAUUCAAUGGAUAUGAAUUAUAGGAUUUUUGAAAAUUUUGUUAAAUUUGAUAUUGAUCAUUUAUGUAAUUUGAAAUUUAGUUCCAAUGUAGUUGAAAAGUUUUUGAAAAAUUGUUAUAAUAAUGAAACUAAUAAUGUUGCUUUUGCUAAUUUGAAAUUUGAAUUGAUUUAUAAUAUAUUGAUGAAUGAUUUGAAUAAAUUAAUCAAUGAUCCUUAUGGAAAUUAUGUAAUUCAGACUAUGAUUGAUAUUUUGGUUAAUCCACAUGUUGAUUAUUCCAGGGUUGAAAAAUUAUCUUUGGUAUUACCAGAAUCAUUUGAGAAUGAAGGCAGUCAACAACAAGGGUUUCAAAUUCUUAUAAUCAAGUAUUGGUUCCAGAAUUGUAAGAUUGUUUCAAGCUUUGGAAAGAGAAUUCAAUCAAAGAUUAAUACCAUUUUAAAUACUUCAUCAUCAACCUCGACAACUCCAAAUUUGAAUAUAUCUCAGAAUCAACAAAAGUUUAUCAAUAAAAAGAGUCAAAUGAAUGCCAAUGGUGAGUUUGUUGUUAAUGACUCUUAUUUCCCAGGUAAGCAACAACAGCAGCAGUCAUUUCAUUUGAGAAAUGCUUCUUCACCAACAAAUAUCUUGGGAAAUAAUGUCGAUCAUGCAAUGGCUUAUGGCCAACCAAUGUUUGCUGAACAAAAGAUCAAUAGAAACUUUUCAUUACCUACUACAUUCUAUCCAAAUGCCAAUGGUAAUAGUGUAUCACCUCAGCCAACUAAUACUUCAUCAUUUAUUCCUUCUAAUAACUAUGGUGCUAAACAGCAACAGCCAUUUGUCAAUGAGUAUCCUUAUGCAGUUCAACAGCAGCUGCAACAAACAAUGGCUAUUCCAAAUCAAUUUAUGCCGCAGCAAAUCCCAUUGGAUACUCAAUUUAAUGGCAAUCAGCCAUUUUACGCCAACCACCACAAACAACAAUCAUCUUCAAUUUCAGAAAUUCCUCAACAAUCUUCUGGCAUUCCUUCAAUUCAAAAUCAAUCGGUUACAUCUGGACAUUAUACCACCGCUUAUAUUCAGAAUCAACAAUAUACUCCUUCUCCACCUCCUCCCCAUCCCCAGCAACAACAACAGCAACAAGGUGGAUACUUUCCACAACCUCAACUAAUGCAACAAGGACAAUUUUAUGCAGGUCCGCCACCACAUCCUCCAGCAGGUAUGCAAAAUGGCGCUCAACAUGUUCCAUCUCAACAAUUCUACAGGCAAUUACAAAACAAUGGACAUGCUUAUAGUGGUUCAUGGUCUUCGACUACAUCGUCAGUCCAGGCUGGGAAUAAUGCAUUAUUUGGCUCAAAUAAUCCAAAAUGGUAA